AUGGCGCCUCUCGUUACUCUCGCAACUUGUUCUUUGAAUCAAUGGGUACUAGACUUUGAGGGUAAUUCUGAUAGGAUAAUUGAGUCCAUUAAGCAAUCCAAAAAAGCUGGAGCAACUUUGCGAGUUGGUCCAGAGCUCGAAAUUACUGGCUACUCAUGUCAAGACCAUUUUUUGGAAGGUGAUACAUAUUUACAUUCCUGGGAGAUGCUAGCCAAGAUAAUUGAUCACGAUGAAUGUCAAGAUAUCUUACUUGAUUUGGGAGCGCCCGUCCGACACCGCAAUGUGCGUUACAAUUGUAGGAUCUUGGCCUACAACAGAAAGAUUCUCUAUAUAAAGCCAAAAAUGUGGCUUGCCGACGAUGGGAAUUAUCGUGAGGGCCGCUGGUUUACUCCAUGGUUUAAACAAAGAUACUCUGAAGACUACUACCUUGAUUGCACCAUGAGGGACGUUACUGGGCAAACUGUUGUUCCUAUCGGUGAUGUUGUCCUUCGCACCCUUGAUACAUGUGUUGGCGCAGAGACUUGCGAGGAACUUUUCACUCCAAACAACCCUGGUAUACACAUGGGCUUAUGUGGCGUUGAGAUAUUUACCAACUCGAGCGGAAGCCACCAUGAACUGAGAAAGCUUAAACAACGCAUUGAUCUCAUCAUUCAUUGUACGCGAUCCGGCGGAAUAUAUUUGUAUUCAAACCAGAGAGGAUGUGAUGGUGACGGUAGAUUAUUUUUUGAUGGUUCAUCUGGUAUAUUUAUUAACGGUAGAGCUGUAGCGAUGGGAAAACAGUUUUCAUUAGAAGAUGUGGAGGUAGUGGUUGCAACAUUGGACCUGGAAGACGUGAGAAGCUCUCGGACAUCAAUUAGUCGAAGCUUACAAGGGAGCCAUGAGGAGCCAUACCAACAAAUCGAGGCUCCUAUUUCCCUGGGCAUGGAUGACGAAAAUAUUCAAUCAAAGAACACUUUGUCAGAGGAAAUAAAAAUCAACUAUCACACACCAGGAGAAGAAAUUUCACUUGGAGCUGGUGCCUUCUUAUGGGACUAUCUACGAAGAUGUGGAGGAGGCACUUCAACCGGAAUUGCUGGUUACUUCCUUCCAUUAUCAGGUGGCCUUGACUCAUGCUCUACGGCGCUCAUUACAUUCUCCAUGUGUAAUAUGGUAAUGAAGGCUGUGGAGGCUAAUAACAAACAGGUAAUCAGAGAUUUAUUAAGAAUUGUCGGAGAGCCGGAAGACUCACAAUGGCGACCAAGUCACGUGAAGGAUAUUUCUCGCCGGUUAUUUCAUACUUGCUAUAUCGGAACCAGCAAUUCAAGUGCUGGAACUCGUCAGAUUGCAAAAGAACUUGCUGAUGCUAUGGGGUCGUACCAUUUAGAUAUAAAUAUGGACGCAGUUGUUACUGCGCUUACAAUUCUGUUUAUAGCUGUAACAAGUUUCACACCUAAAUUCGCGGUACACGGAGGUUCGUCUACAGAAAACCUUGCACUUCAAAAUAUUCAAGCUAGACUUCGUAUGGUUAUUGCCUAUCUCUUUGCACAACUUCUACCUUUAGUCAGAAAGCGUCAAGGUGGCGGCUCGCUCCUAGUAUUAGGCUCUGGAAAUCUCUCGGAACAACUGCGUGGAUACUACACAAAGUAUGAUAACAGCAGUGCAGACAUAAAUCCUAUCGGAGGAAUUGAUAAGACUGACUUAGUUUUGUUUGUCAAAUGGGCACGGGCUCAGUUUAAUAUGCCCAUUCUUGAUCGGGUCAUUGAGGCAACACCGACCGCUGAACUUGAGCCUAUAACCGAAGCCUACGUUCAGUCUGAUGAGGACCAGAUGGGUUUUACCUAUGCUGAGCUGGGUGUAAUGGGUCGUCUGCGUAAGGUAGCAAAAUGCGGGCCAUGGGCCAUGUAUAACAAGCUACUGCACAUAUGGCGCAAUAAGUAUACUCCUAUGGAGAUUUCAGAGAAGACGAGGCGCUUCUUCUACUACUAUUCAGUUAAUCGCCAUAAACAGGUUGUCUUGACUCCUGCACUACACUCAGAGAACUAUGGAUGCGACGACAAUAGAUUCGAUCUCAGGCCUAUAUUGUAUCCCGAUUUCUCAUGGCCAUUUCAGAAAAUGGGGGCUCAUGCUACGAAGCUGAUGGAAAAUGUGAACUAG